GAUGAUUACCUGUUCUGUUCAUUCCCUCUGGGGCACCUGGCAUUGUCGGAAGACAGGAUACUGGACUGGAUGGACUUUUGGUCUGACUCAGUAUGACAGUUCUUAUGUUCAUUUUCAAUCAUUCACAACCACCCUGUCGAGCUAAAAUUUAUAUGCAUUGAAUAAAUUCAGGAAAAAUCAUCUGCUCAUGAUAUUCCACAAGCAAAUAAUAAGGCUACUUUUAAAAUAAAUAAAUAAAUUAUUUUGCAAAUUAUUAGCUGCAUUGUAGCAAAUGGUUAGUGAAUUGAUAAGGCUGAGUUGGUGCUUUCAUUCAAACUCUGAUUUUCAGGUGUUUGAAAUUGUAUUAAAAAAUUGUCUGAUGCAUGAGAAGUUUCAGCACAGGUUCUCAACCCAGAUAUGUGUGUGUCUUGCAGGAGAAAAUUGUGAAGAAAAUCCAUUUAGCUGUGGUCUAAGCAUGAAUAUUAUUUUAUAUAAAAUAUAUAUUAAAACAUGGUCGUUAAGGGAAUUGGUGAUAUUUUUUACACUCAGAUAUCAGAAAUAUAGCUUUAUUUUUUUUGUUUUUCGGUGCACCAAACGUUAGAGCUGGUCAGAAAAAUGGAAUUUUAAGUGUUAAAUGAUGCCAUUCCAAAUGACAACAUACUCAUUAGUGUAACUCUUAGGAGGGUGGCCUCAAUGACAUAUCCCUCUCUCGACUCCAGCAUAUCAGCACAUGAGCCAGAUCCUAAAUCAUUAUAGCUCCAUUCAAAUUGAGUAACCUUUUUGCUAGUUUACACCAUCUGAGGCUUUGACCUACUGUGCGUGUGCUGUUAUACUGAUUGUUUAGUGCAAAGAGACUGUAUCCUAAGCUGUUCUCUUUCCUCCAUACCCCAAACUGAAGAGUGCGCUUACAUUUAAAUGCAAGGGUGAUCAUUCUCAGUACACACAGAUUGCCCAGAAGAAAAGCUCUGUUGUAACAUAUUUGUGUCACAUCAAUAUCACUGUUUUUGUUUCAAACUGUGAAAGAAAUUCAUACAUUCACAUACUAAUACAUAUACUUAUAAAUGUAUCAAUAUUAUGAAUAAACAUUUCUAUGCAUCAUAACUGCAUGGUGCCCUACACAGAUGAUAAAAAACAUGAUCCCCGCAGCAAAGAAUUUACACUGUUUUUGCCUUGAUCUUGCAAAUAAUGAUGCCCACUUGUAUAGUUAUGCUCAGUGUCCCACUGAUGUCAUAUGCACAGAUGCAACUAUUGCAGGUUCGAAUGUUAAAUUAGACAACUGUAGGCCAUGAAGUUAAACAAAGGACAGGGAAUGGAUGAGGGUUAAAACAAAAAAUGAGUCAUUGUGAAUGAAUCAUAAAAGUUUGAUCAUUUUAAAAUAAAGACUUCUCAUUCUAAGAGAAGCACUUGCAGCUUUUAAGAUUCUCUCACCUAAGUGGCUGAAGCAGCACACCUGUAUGAUUCUGGAAUUAAGGUAAAUAGACUGCUCUGUACUGCUAUGCUUAAACAUUUGUCGUUUUAUUGCAAAACAAAAGGUCUUUUCAGAGCAAACACAAAUCCACUUGUUAAUUUAUUGCAGUAGUGCCUGGAAGCCCCUGUAGGACAGGGUCCAUAUUGAUCAAUGCGUCACAAAAACACACUAAGCCACAGUAUCUGCUAUAAUGAGCUAAUAGGCUAAGGCCUUGAUCCUGCAAUGACUCUGUAUGGGCACAGCAGUGCAACCAUCGGGAGCCCCAUUAAUUUUUAACAAGUGGUUUAUACAGUGGUGUGUUCCCACAUAAUCAGUUGCAGGAUUGGGACCUAAACGGAAGUGAUGCUGUCAAUAGAAUGCUCCAUAAGUCUGAAAACUUGGACCCAAAGCAUACAUAUAUAAUCCAGGACCGUAUAGAACAUGCCAAGUCUUCCAUUUAAAAAUUAGUUAUAGUUUUUGCAUUGAGAUAUCACAGAUAUCAUCAGUUUCCUUAACAACAAAAAUUAUGCUCAGCCACAGCUAAAAGGAUUUUCUUCAAAAUUCUCCUCCGCAAAAUACAUGCUUCUUGGCUGAAAAGCUGUACUGAAAAUUCUUAUGCAGCAGGUCAUCUUUUAAUGAAAUUUUAAGCACCUGAAAAUAGCACAUUUGAAUGAAAGCACCAUCUCAUUCUUAAUGAUCAGUACUUCAACAUUUGCUUUAAUGCAGUCAAUAACUUGCAAAAGUAUUUUCUUUAAAACAAAAGUCUCUUUAUUUGCUUGUGGAAUAUCAUGCGUUAUGUGAUAUGUUACUAAAUAGCAUUAAAUGCACCAUGCCUUAUUUCUCUGAAGAAAAUAGGAAAUAAACAAGACCUCAUUUAAAAGGUUCUGAUCAUUUGCAGCAAACUGCUGUCCAUUCUGUUCUAUUACAGAAGUGGCAUCACUCUUACAGAAAUUAAAAAGAGGGAGGGCUUACAGCCAUUCCCAGGGUUAUUCUCAUUAAUGAAUGUAGGUGCCCUAUCAAUUGAUGUAAGAUUAGAUCCUGAAUAUUCUUAUACAUACAUUUGCCUCAGUUUUCAAAAUGGGAUGCAAUGUGUCCAGAUUCUUACUAGCAGAGCACUCUUUGCUGCUGCUUUAGAAUAUUUGACUGAUAAAAAGAUCAAAUAAAAACACAAAUUAAAGAGAUUUCUAUCAGUGAAUGGUAUACAGCAUACUACUAAUAAUCAGCAUACUACUACUACUACUAAUAAUAAUAAAUAAAAAAGUCAGCUGUAGAAAGAUUGACAUUUAUUUGUGAAACAGGUUUCUUCAUUUUCAUGAACCUGCUGAUAUACCUUCUUGAGGGGUCAGAAAAAAUAUCUGAAAUAGCCUGACAAAGGGUAUUUUACAGAACAUUUAUUUUGAAGGGAAGCCAAUGAUUUGUUUCAUGUUCUAACUUUGCUGUUCUCUCAAAACAGGAAAUUAUUUGGGGGGACAUACAUAGUGACCCAUUAUUCCAAGUCCUCGUCAUUACCUUCAUUUUGUGCAGUUUCCCCGAAUCCCCUCCCAGAUGUGGCCAAUUCUGGCUGAAUUCCUUCUUUUCCUAAUUAAAGUGGUUCAAGGGCCAGUAGUAUGGAAAAUAAGACCAAAGACUGGAAGUCAUUGCUUGUUGGCAUAUAGAGUUGAUACCAAUAAGACAGACAAAACAAACUGCAAUGAGAGGAUGACUUGGGAAUCUAGUCCUUAUCAUAACCCUGCCCUUCAGAUUCACCCUGUAAGACUUGCUGAUGAGGGUAAUUACACCUGUGAAAUUGCAAACAGCGAUGGGACUUUUUGCCUAGUCUCUGCUCUCACUGUGUUAGUCCCUCCUGCAGUGACUCUGACUCAUGAUAGCAACGGGGUUGUUGUGUGCCACGCGUCUGCAGGGAAACCAGCUGCAGAAAUCUCAUGGGCUCAAGGGAGUGGUCGCAGUACUGAGAACAAAACUCAUCACACCAAUGGAACAGUGACCACACUAAGCAGUAUGCCUAUGAUCAAUAGCACCAAUGCUCACGUGACCUGCUUAGUUACCCAUCCAGCCAUGAACCAGACCCAGACUAUAGAACUAUCACCCAAACUUUCUGCAGACAUGACACUUUCACCCAUACUCCAUUAUUUCCUGAUAUGCACCUCUUCGUGUGUCGCUGUUGCAGUUGUUGCUCUGAUUUUAUACCGGACUUUAAAAUGCAGAGUCUCCUGGUUAACUGGACUGGCAGAUACUGCCACAAUGCUGAAUACAUUCACCCUGAUCUUUCCUGAAAGAUGUAUGAAACACAGGCAGCUCUGGUUACUCUCCUCCCCCUUCUCCUUUUCAAACUGUUUUAAGUAGUAGGUGAUGUAACUGUUAAUUGUACGGUUGAAGUUCAAGUUCCAAGAAAUUACCAAUAUCAGAGCAAACCUGGGGACUCCCUGAGUAUAGAGUGUCCCGUAAAGUACUGCACAGAAAAGCCAACCAUAAACUGGUGCUUGAUACAGGGAAUGAGGUGCCUACUUCUGAAAGAUGGGCCAACAAGACGCUCAGUGUGGAGAGAAGGGAAUGUGGCGGUUCUGAACUUUGUCGAUUCAUCAGAGUAACAGUGGACUGUAUCGUUGCCGACCUGUUGUGGGCAGCCUGAGCCAUGAGAGCCAUGCAAUAAAUGUUAUUGUUAGAGGCGAGUUUGGAACCAGGAUCAUAUUAAAUACAGAUCUGCUUUUGGAUGCUGUUUAAUGCAUCCCAGGGGGAUAAAAAUGGUGAAGGAUGAAGUCUGCACUCAUCACCAUGCUAUCCCAGCACCUUACAAAUGCACAUCAGUCCCGACCUGAGAGAGUUUGGA